GGAGUCGUGGCAUCAGCCGUAAAUAUGGAUGCCGAUAAUGGCGUUUGGAGAGCGGAGAGCCGGCCCGCCGGUUCAUGCGGUGACGGGCCCCAUCCCGGUUCGGUGAACCGGUGCCGGCUCGACUCGGUUACUUCCGUGGCCUAUAAAGGAAGGAUUUGGCGAGUUACGGGAGAGGGCGGAUUCGAGUGAAAGCCGAAAUCUUCGCGCCAUCUCUGUCUCGCUUUGUUGAUACAAAGACGAGAAGAGCGGACGGCGGAGAAUGAGGGGCGACCGGGGAUCGACGGCGGAGGAGGCGGUUCCAUGGUGGGAGAAGGAAGUCGCAGCAGCGGCGGCGGCGGCGGGGGGGGAUGACGAGGAAGGGUGGAAGUGCCGGAAACAGCACGUGCAGCCCCUUUACGGAGUCUGCCCCUCCUGCCUCCGCGAUCGUCUCCUCCGUCUCUGCCCGGACUGCGCCAACGUCCGCCCUUGCGGUUGUUUCCCCUCCUACUCCUCGUCGUCCUCCUCGUCGUCCCUUUCCUCCGCCGAUCUCGCCAGAUCCGGAGGAGUAGGAGGAGAGCGUGGGGGCGUUGGGAUCGGAGUGGUGGGUCCAGUAUCGCGGCUGAUGGAUAGCGAACCGGCCUUCCGGCGGUCCCGAUCGGUGGGGUUCCAGCUGCUCAGGACGAGAUCGGUGGCUUCCACAGCUUCCGAAGUCGGCAACGUCGCGCAACCGUCUCCUCCGUCUGGAGGCGGCAAAGGGUGGGGUACGUUCUGGCCGUUCUCGUGGGCCCUGGGAAGGAGGGCAUCCGCGGAGACGGCGGGGGCGAAGCUGUACAGGUCGAGGUCGGUGGCCGCGGGGCGCUCGCCGGAUGCGAGUGGCGGCCGCAAGGUGGGGAGGGGGAAGGGGUCUCGGAGGUGGCACUUCCCGAGCCCGAUGAAGGUAUUCCGACGCCAGAAGUCGACGAUGAGGGUAGUUCAAGAGCGGUCACCGUUGUGGCGGGGGUGAGAAUGACCACCCUCGACUUAGAGAAAAGAGGUGCGUAUAAGGAGAUUCCUUUUAGCUUCUUGAUAAACGUCGGCUAAUCAUUAUUACUAUUGUCACCGCCAUCUCAUAUUUUUGCGUUUUGUAAAUAUAAUCAAUUAAUUACAACUGAUAAAUGAGAUAAUAAUCAGGUCCGUGGGAUGUCCAUCAGACGGUUAUCAACCGCACUGAGGAGGGGGAUCGGGAUAGUGUAAAUAGUUUGGGUUUCUUGGGGGAAAGUGCCAACGGAGGCCCUUCUUUAGGGAUCGCACGUGCAGGGUGCGUCCGUUGGUGCACGUGACGACGUCGUCGCCUCCACGUUCGUCCCAUCGAACGAGGCGCGACGAUUGGGCUGUGGUCGUUGGCAACCACGAUGGCGACAACUGACACCGUCCUGCCACGUCGAGAACCGCCAUUGCUGCCAUGCUCUGCUUCCGGUCUGUGCCAAACAGGGAGCGUCUCCGCAGGCACGAAGUUUCAAACGGCCCGAGCUCGGGAAGGGCGCUGAGAAUUAUUGUUAACGGCGGAAUGAAAAGAGAGGAGAGGGGGUCUCGUUUAUUCUUUCAUUUGGAGAUGGAAAUAUUGCUACGGAACCACCGGUAAAAGUAGGUGAUGUUGUCUAUUUUCCGUGGAAUGUUGCUUAUGGAUUUCCGUGUUCGACAGUAACUAAUGUAAAUUUCCAGUUGUUCAAACCAUGCAAUACUUUUAGUUACAUCCAUAUACUUGUAGUGCAGAUUCUGUCCAGGCUUGACUUUUUUGACGUAUCAAACGGACUGAUUCCAAGUCAACGAGACCGUGACAGAAUACCCAUUACCCUUGUUGAGUUCGUUCCUUAGCCGGUCAUCUCCAUGGACACGUAAAGGCCCAGCCCAUAGCCAUCGCAUUAGAGAUGAGGCAAAUGCUCAUCCGAACUGCCAUUUCUUUGUGAUUCAACGUGGAAACGUUGGAUUCCUCUACCGGUCCCACGUCACCCAGCAUCGAUGUCUCGGAUGAUUCAGUCAAGAUUCCCAGUUUUGUCGGUGCACGAACAACAUCUACAGUUCUUCCACUCCCUUUGUUUCCAUACCCGAUCAACCCCCUCAAAUCCUUGGGUGCGGGCCCCUGAAAACCGGGAACCUUUGAGUUAAGUCGAAGACAGCCCCCCUCUUCCGAUCCGGAGCAA